AUCAGUGCAGGACACACCAGAGAACCAAUAUCUUCACAGCACAAUUGGAUAUUCAGGUGGUUGGUACAAAGAAACAUGAAGAAAUUAAAAAACUAUUUUUGGGCUCCUCCUCCUCCACCUCCUCCUUCACCUCCUAUUUUUGAGGAACCAACAAGGAACAUACCAUGGAAAGAAAGACAGCGAGAACUGCAGCUUGUCAGAGAUUACAAGCCUCACAAAGAUGUCCAGCACCUCAGAAUCCUGCUUUAUGGACCACCAGGUGCUGGAAAGUCCAGCUUCAUCAACUCUGUCGACAGUGUUUUAAGAGGCAAAAUCGCAAUUCGAGCUUUGGCAGCGGCAAACUCUGGUGAUAGUUUCACCAUUGCACACAAAACAUAUAAAAUUCAGAAAGGAAAUCCAGAAACUUUUUAUCCUUUUGUCUUCACUGACACCAUGGGCCUUGAGAGGGACCAUGAAGGAGGAAUUCAUGUGGAAGACAUCAAACUUGCCAUUAGUGGACAUGUCAAAGAAGGUUACAGGUUCAAUCCCAAAUGUCCCUUGCCUGAAACGGAUGCUAACUACAGAAGCUCCUCCACUUUAGAUGACAAAGCCCACAUUCUGGCUUUAGUCCUUCGUGCUGACACAGUGAACAUGAUCGACGAUGAAACUGUGAAGAAGAUGAAAGGUGUCAGAGCAGCAGCUCGUAACAAAGGGAUCCCACAAAUAGCCAUCAUGAAUAGAAUUGAUGAAGCCUGUCCUGAAGUCAAAAAAGACAUAAAGAACGCCUACAAGAGCAAGUACUUGAAUGAGCUGAUGGGAAAAGUGAGCAUGAACCUGGGUAUUCCACUGAACUGCAUCUUCCUCGUGAAGAACUACCACACAGAGAUUGAGACGGAGAACGAUGUGGAUUCACUGAUACUGAGUGUACUGAAAAAGAUCAUUGACUAUGGAGAGGACUACCUGAAUGACCAGGAUGAUCAUGACCUGUAAUCAAUGUGUGAGGAGGAUAGAAAAUGAAAAUGUUCAGUUACUCUUCAGGUGAUCUUGCUUUGCCAUCUUUACAAUCACAGUCACACAAAAAGUUGAUUUCUUUAUAAACUUUAUUUUACUGUUUUUUGUGUUGUUCUUAUUUUAUUUCACCUUUUGUUCCUUCACAAAUUAAAUCCAAAUAACCUUCACAGAAAAUCAAUACAUAUCCUUUUUGUUAUUUAUUGUAUGUUCAAAAUAUUAACAGUAGAAAAAAUGACACAUAUAUGCCUGCAACCUGUUGUCUGCCGUGUAACUCAAAUAAAUCAUUUCAACCCUA